AUGCCGCGCAUGAACCUCGGCCUCCCUUACAACCACUGCAGCCACUCUCCCUGCCCACUUGGCUUCCAAAGCUCCAACCUUCUCCGCUGCGGAGCUUGCCAGACCGUCAAGUACUGCGGCAAACUGCACCAAAAGACAGACCGGCCAAGGCACAAGGUCCAAUGCGUUCCUAUCAAGCAGACUAAGGACAAACUCACUGAACAAGAGGCCAAGCUACGUGCCAAUCCCGGCGAUGACACCGAUGGCAACCCUUUCGAUAAUGUCGCGGGCCUUUUCUGGUUCUUCAAGAGUACUCGUCCCUACAUGCAGGCCCGCCACGACUAUGUCACAGCUAUUCUCAAUGUCCGCACCGGAGAAGCCGUCGAGAUUGCCCUCCGAGAAUCUCUUGACAUGCUGCGUCUCUGCCGAGGCGACAACCUCGGCGUCCGCUCGCAAGUUCCUGGGCUGUAUCUCCGACUUGGGAGGGAUCAAGAAGCCUACGAUUUUAUCAAGUGGUAUGCAGUAAAAGGUGGCUCCAACUAUGACUGGCGCGACAUGAGCUUGCCGUUCCUUGAUCUUCAGGGAGAAGAUGCAUUCGAGGCUGUUAUUGAGAAACCUUUAUAUUACGACGUUUCCUUCAAAAUGGCCCUGACGCUCAUAAAGAUUCGUCUACUGAAGGAUCUAGAGUCGAUGCAGGGGUUUUUACAGAGAAAACCCUAUGCGACUGGGGAAGAGAGAUAUGAAUAUUUGCAGGAGGAGGCUAUGAGCGAUGUCCUUCAACAGCGGGCGGAUAUCGUCUCGAAAGACGACUAUAAGGACUUGAUUGCUGAGCUUAAACGCCAGGUACUGCAGUUGUACAAGAUGGUCAAGGAGGACAACAAACACAUCUGGCCGGGCAUUGAGAACCCGAACCUGUAUGCAUACGAUGUGCCGGCCUCUUAUUCUCCCGGGUCGCGGGAGGAGGCAGUGCUUAUCUUUCGCCAGUCGUGGUACUCUUGGUCAGAGACGGAGCCGGCGAUACGGCAUAUCAGGGGGGUUAUCAACGAUGGUAAGUAA